GCGGGCGAGCGCCACGCGGGCCCCGCGCUUCCCGCUCGCUCCGCCGGGCCGCGGUGCAUGUUCGCCUAUUGCCACUGUGUGCCGCGAGGCAGGAGGACCAUGAAAAUGAUCCACUUUCGGAGCUCCAGCAUCAAAUCGCUCAGCCAGGAGAUGAAAUGCACCAUCCGGCUGCUGGACGACUCGGAGAUCUCCUGUCACAUCCAGAGGGAGACCAAAGGACAGUUUCUUAUUGACCACAUCUGCAAUUACUACAGCUUGCUGGAGAAGGACUAUUUCGGCAUUCGUUACGUGGACCCAGAGAAGCAGCGGCACUGGCUUGAACCUAACAAGUCCAUCUCCAAGCAAAUGAAAUCUCAUCCACCAUACACCAUGUGCUUUAGAGUGAAAUUCUACCCACAUGAACCCUUGAAGAUUAAAGAAGAGCUCACAAGGUAUCUUUUGUACCUGCAGAUUAAGAGGGAUAUUUUCCACGGUCGACUGCUCUGCUCCUUUUCAGAUGCUGCGUACCUGGGUGCCUGUAUCGUUCAAGCUGAGCUCGGUGAUUAUGACCCUGAUGAACAUCCUGAGAAUUACAUCAGUGAGUUUGAGAUUUUCCCCAAGCAGUCACAGAAGCUGGAAAGAAAAAUAGUGGAAAUCCAUAAAAAUGAACUCAGAGGCCAAAGCCCACCAGUUGCUGAAUUUAACUUACUCCUGAAAGCUCACACUUUGGAAACCUAUGGGGUGGACCCCCACCCAUGCAAGGAUUCAACAGGCACAACAACAUUUUUAGGAUUCACUGCAGCAGGCUUUGUGGUAUUUCAGGGAAAUAAGAGAAUCCAUUUGAUAAAAUGGCCGGAUGUCUGCAAAUUGAAGUUUGAAGGGAAGACAUUUUAUGUGAUUGGCACCCAGAAGGAGAAAAAAGCCAUGUUGGCAUUCCAUACUUCAACACCAGCUGCCUGCAAACAUCUUUGGAAGUGCGGGGUGGAGAACCAGGCCUUUUAUAAGUAUGCAAAAUCCAGUCAGAUCAAGACUGUGUCCAGCAGCAAGAUAUUUUUUAAAGGAAGUCGAUUUCGAUACAGUGGUAAAGUUGCCAAAGAGGUGGUAGAGGCCAGCUCCAAAAUCCAGAGAGACCCUCCGGAGGUGCACAGAGCCAACGUUACUCAGAGCCGAAGUUCCCACUCUUUGAACAAACAGCUCAUCAUUAACAUGGAGCCCCUGCAGCCCCUGCUGCCUUCCCCAAGUGAGCAGGAAGAGGAGCUUCCGCUGGGCGAGGGUGUUCCAUUACCCAGAGAAGACAUUUCUGCCCCCUUGAUCUCUAGCUCACCAGUGAAGGAAGUCCGGGAGUCUGAAAACCCCCCAAGUGAAGAGGAAGAUAAAAUGAAAGAAGAGCCCUUGACCAUCUCUGAACUGGCAUACAACCCAAGUGCCAGCCUGCUCCCCACACCUGUUGAUGAUGAUGAGAUUGACAUGCUCUUUGACUGUCCAUCUAGGCUGGAGUUGGAAAGGGAAGACACAGAUUCAUUUGAGGAACUGGAAGCAGACGAAAACGCCUUUCUGAUGGCGGAAGAAGAAGAGCUGAAGGAGGCUCGCCAAGCUUUGUCAUGGAGCUAUGACAUUCUGAGCGGCCAUAUUCGGGUGAACCCACUGGUCAAGAGUUUUUCCAGGCUCCUUGUGGUGGGCCUGGGGCUGCUGCUCUUUGUAUUCCCCCUGCUCCUCCUCCUUUUGGAGUCAGGUAUUGAUCUCUCCUUCUUAUGUGAAAUCCGCCAGACGCCAGAGUUUGAGCAGUUUCACUAUGAGUACUACUGUCCUCUAAAGGAGUGGGUGGCUGGCAAAGUAAACCUCGUUCUCUACAUGCUGGGCUGCUCAUAAAGUCCAUAUCUCAUAUGACUAAGGGCUAUAUUCAAUACUAGUGAUUUGUUUUUUGUUUUUUCAGCAAAUGCCUGGUUCCGAAUGGUCACGAGCCAUCAACAGGUGUUUCUUAAAAACUUUAAGUUAGCUUUCCAUACUUCACUGCAGCUAAGUAAGUUUAAGUCAAAUGCAGUUAUUUUAGUUAUAGGUCAGGAAGAUGGCCUUCAACCAAAUAUAGGUUUAUUUUUUAGUAUACUACAGACAUACUCUUUAUCUAUUAUAUCAUAAUCCAUAAUACAUUGAGCUGAAUUAGAUUUCCCCCUUUUUUAAGAGUUGGCACCAUUAUAAGGUUCAGAAUCAGAAUUUUAGUAAAAACCCAAGAGAAAGUUUUUGAAUAUAAUCCUUAGUGAAAACAAUGUCCUCUAACCGAUGCCUAUACAACUAAAUUUAUGCUGGGCUUUUGUUUUCUGUUUUUUUUUUAAAACUAUUUUUAUGUGUUCAAAAUAUUUUGGUAAAUUUUUAGCAAAAAAAAAAAAAGAAGCCUCCUGGAGUUAUUUAAGUGUACAGAUUGUAAGACUAAUGCACAAAGGGUAUGUCAGGAAUUUUUUAAUGUUUUGGCACUGGUUUGUUUUUUAAAAUAUUUUUGGCUGAACAACUAUAUAAUUUGUUACCUGUAUAUGAGAUAGAAAAUAGGUAGAAAGACACUGUAGUAAGUAAGCUCUGAAAAUGGAUAAUGGAACUGGAGGAUGUAGAAAGUAAGAACACUCAAGUGGGCAUGGGGUGGUCCGUUUUUCAAAGUGUUUGGACAAGAUGACUCACUACUUUCAUUUGUAUUCUGUCCAUCUAUUUUGGUUGGGGAAGCAGAACAUUUUUAAAAGAAAAAGUUAACAGUUACGGUAGUUAAUUGCCGAUGAUCUACAGUAACGCAAGAAUGGAAGCAGAUGGGAAGGGGGCAAGUGGCCAAACAGGAGUUCUGGUGAGGCUGAUAUGCAAGUGGUGGCAGGCAAAGCAGCUUCUCUGAAAGCGGUGGUGAUGCAUGGUACUGGGUGAUACAAAGAAUGUGUAUUUGCUGUCCGAGUUGACGUGAAUGUGUUUAAGUGGAUCUCAAUAAAAGCGGAGAAACUUUAA